AUGUAUUUGACUGACAAAUAUUUAUCACCAGUAAAAGUUAUCCUAAGAAAAAAAAGUGAUGUUGAUGAUUUAAAAGAAGCAAUCAAAGUAAAGUUAUCACCCUCUUUGGACAAUGUUCCAGUUAGUCGGAUCAUUUUAAAAAGACAUGGCGAAGAAACUGAGUUGCACCCUGGUUUAACUAUAGAUAAGAACUUUACAACUACCCCUGACACACCAAUUCAAGUAUUAGUAAAAGAAUCUGCAUCUCAUAAAGAACAAGAAAAGGCUUUAAAAAAUCAGAGUGAAAAUUUAAAAAAUAUGGUAAAGAAUCGGAAUGAAAAUUUAGAAAAAAUGAGCAAGAAACUCGAUGAACGCGAAACUAAAACUAUAUCAAUGUCACAAAAAAAUUCAUCAUUUAUGUUAAACUUGGAGACAUCAUCAGGAAAGUUUCUUAAAGGCAAAUCAGACUUAUAUGUUUUAUGGGAUAGUUCGGACUCUUUACGUAGUAUAAUUAAUUGUACUAAUGGAAAUUAA